AGUAAUCCGGAUAUGACAAAAUGCAUCCAAGUGCUCUUUUAACAAAGAUACAGCAAAAGUCCUAAAUGAUAUUGACAGUAAACAAGGGGAUGUGGGAAGGGACUUGGGAAUAUUGCCUUGGUUACUGGGAGAGUUUCCAGGAGACACUGAGCGACUUGGACAUCGAUUACUGGCGCUGGGUGCUAUGGGUUAUAUACCCAAUCGUCAUAUCUUUUCUACUCCCUAUAUUUAUUCUACUAUUUCUUUAUUGUUCAGCUUUCUUUCUUCAUUUGUACAACUACCGACACAACUUUAGAGAAGCAUACCAUCAUGAUGUAUGGGAUGGAGCUAGGACGGCCAUAGCUGCAGCAUGGGAUGCUCAAGGAAGAAUCUGGCAUGGUUUUGAGAUAAAGGGUUUGGAGAAGAUCCCUGAAGUUGGUGCAGCCUUGAUUGUUUACUAUCAUGGAACUCUCCCCGUGGACUUUUACUAUCUAAUUGCGAGAUGUCUGCUGGAAAGGAAAAGACAUAUCAGAGCUGUCGGAGAUAAUUUCCUUUUUCAUAUACCAGGAUUUAGAAACAUUUUGGAGGUUUUUAGAGUCACUCCUGGUACAGUCCAAGACUGUGUUAAGGUGCUGAAUGAUGGACACUUGUUAGCCAUAGCACCAGGUGGAGUAAGGGAGGCUCUGUUUGGAGAUGAGAAUUACCCAAUUAUGUGGGGGAAACGUCAGGGAUUUGCCAAAACUGCUUUACAAGCAAAUGUGCCAAUUAUUCCAGUAUUUACACAGAAUGUGAGGGAAGCCUUCAGAACACCCAAGAUAACCAAGUCAUGCCUCCGAAGACUUUAUGAAAAGACACGCCUUCCCAUCGUACCAAUUUAUGGAUUUUUUCCAGUUAAAUUCAAUAUGUUUAUUGGGGACCCUAUUUAUCCAAAAGAAGAGCAGACUUCUGAAUCUUUAGCAAAUGAGGUAAUCAAUGCAAUAGAGACCUUGAUACACAAGCAUCAGAGACUUCCAGGUAAUAUACUGUGUGCCCUGAUGGACAGGUUUAUGUAAACUCUAGAGGCAACCCGAACUUGGCUUUCAUUAAAAAAAAACCUCAGGUGAUAUUGUAGAAAUUACAGCUGAUUGUGUUCUAUUUGUAGAUAAAAAUUGUCUCAUAAUGUUAAAUGUUUGAUACUCAGAUUCCCAACUGUAGAAUGUGUUGUCCUCACCUAUAUGAUAUACAUGUAUUUAUAAUUAGGUCUUACUAAAUGUAAUUUGUGUUGUACUUACAUUGUAUGUACUUGAAAGGCAGCACAUGUAGCACAGGCACUUGUUUCGGUAAUAAAUUUUUCAACCAUAUUUAUACCCCACGCAACAAGUUGUGUGAGGUAUAAUGUUUUUGACCCGUCCGUCAGUCAGUCAGUCAGUCAUUGUGUCAGUCAGUCAGUCCGUCAGUCCUGUUUUUUUUGUCAGCGCAACUCCUCAUAAACCGCUGCACAGAAUUUGGUCAAACUUUGCAGAUAUUUAGGACACAAUGUGUAGAUGUGCAUAUUACCAGGAAAUUCCGAUUCCUUUAUUUUUUCUGGGAAUUUCAGCACUUUUAAACUUAGAUUUUUGGCCAUAUCUUGAAUAUAGAGAUGAACAGUUUGUCAGUGCAACUCCUCUUAAACCGCUGCACAGAAUUUGGUCAAACUUUGCAGAUAUUUAGUACACAGUGUGUAGAUGUGCAUAUUACCAGGAAAUUCCGAUUCCCUUAUUUUUCUGGGAAUUUCGGCACUUUUCAACUUAGAUUUUUGGCCAUAUCUUGAAUAUAGAGAUGAACAGUUUGUCAGUGCAACUCCUCUUAAACCGCUGCACAGAAUUUGGUCAAACUUUGCAGAUAUUUAGUACACAGUGUGUAGAUGUGCAUAUUACCAGGAAAUUCCGAUUCCCUUAUUUUUCUGGGAAUUUCGGCACUUUUCAACUUAGAUUUUUGGCCAUAUCUUGAAUAUAGAGAUGAACAGUUUGUCAGUGCAACUCCUCUUAAACCGCUGUACAGAAUUUGGUCAAACUUUGCAGAUAUUUAGUACACAGUGUGUAGAUGUGCAUAU